UGCACGCUCUUCACCUAGUCAGGAUGCUGCUGCUUCGGUGCACUAGCGGCCGGAGAAGAUUGGCGGCUGCCGCUAUAUACGCCGCUCCCUUCCGCCGGAGUUUGAAAGACUGAAAGCCCCAUCAUGAACUUAGAGCCACCCAAGCCUGAGUUCCGAUCGGCCACUAGAGUGGUUGGAGGACCCGUUACUCCUAGGAAAGGACCACCCAAAUUCAAGCAGCGGCAAACUCGUCAGUUCAAGAGCAAGCCCCCCAAGAAAGGUGUACAAGGUUUUGGUGAUGAUAUUCCUGGAAUGGAAGGCUUGGGAACAGACAUAACUGUCAUCUGUCCCUGGGAAGCCUUCAACCACUUGGAGCUGCAUGAGUUGGCCCAGUAUGGCAUUAUUUAGCUGACCCUUCCAACUAGGGGCCUAGGAAGACAGCCCCACCUUUGCAGUCCUUUAUCCCAGAAUUUCCCAUGUGAUGAAUCCCACUUCUCUGCUUUUUUCCAAGUUCCAUUUAGAAAUCAGGUCCAGAGAAGAAUUCCUCCUUCUUGGGUUUUUUGAUCUUUGUGUCUGUAUCAGGAGGACUGAGCCUUUACUGUAAAACUGAUUCAGGGCUACCAGAGACUUAGGCACGAGAUUGAUUUUUUAGGUUAAAGCCACAUUUUAUUCAGUAUGUGAAUUUGUCAGUCUAAGGGGGGGUGGUAAAUACUGACCUUAUACCCCAAGUAACCUAUGAGUAUAAUUUUACUCCUGGAAGAAACUUGCUUACCCUAUCAGGGAACUUCCCAUUGAAAAACAGACUUCUCUUCUUCCUGGGACAAGAACAUUUUUGACAUGUAGGGGAAAUUGAUUAAGCUUCAUAAUUAGUGUUUACAGGAAAAAUACAUGAUAGAAAUCCAGAGUUCUUUGUUUUCCUUCCUUGGGCAUUGGGAACAGGGAAUUCAAGACUGAAUGAUGAUAUAAUUUGAUUAGAGAGGGCAUUAUCCCACUUAGCAGAGAUAGAAUCAGCUGAUACACCCAUAGUAACUAACCCACUCUGCUAUGUGUAUUGUCUCCCCCAUUAAAAUAUAAACACUUUGAAGGAAAGAACUGUCUAUGCUUUCAUACUGGUAUAACCAACUCAACACACUGCUUGGCAAACAAUUAAUAAAUGCUUUUGUUAUUAAUUUUCUCUAAAUAAUUUUGGUAUUUUGGGGGGCACAAGUUUUUACUGGCAAAGGAGAGAACGAGGCCCAGAGGAAAACUGAGGCAUCGACCACUUUUCCAAUCUCUUCUUCCAUUUUGUUUGAGUAAUUUGUCCCUUGGAUCAGAUCAGAGACAUCUCAGGUCUGUGAGGUCUUGAGAAACAGGAGAGAAAGAAAAAAAAAAUCUAACCCCUUAUAGGAAAUUUCUUAUUUUUCAACAAUUUUAACCAUUGUCAUUAUUAUUUUCUAAAUAAAUUAAUUUAUUCUG